GGAACACCCACCCAGCGGGCUUCGUUUAAACGCCGGCCCACUCCCUGCAUCCAUCCAACUGCUUCUUCUACUUAAGCCGAGCCACCCCACAGCUGCCACACCGGCAGCCACCUCGCUCGUCCCUCCUCCAUCUCAGGCUAGCUCUCAACUACCCAAAACCUCGCCGACCCGGCACAGUCGAGCCCGCACUGCGCACAUGCAUUUCCCGCCGACGCGCGCCACAGCUCGCCGGCACCAAGCUCGACCGUAGCACGCGCGCACGCAGCAUACUCGGCACUCGGUAGUCGGCACCGAUGGGGGCGGCGGCGCCGCUGACGCUGCGGGACUUCCUGGAGAUGGCGUGCGAGUCCAGCUGCAGCGACGGCUUCCGCUCCUACCCGCGCCGCCUGCUCCCCUGCCCCGUCCCCUCCUGCGACGACGGCGUGCAGGCCAAGAUUAAGGCGGAGACGGCGCCCGUGCGGCUGCUCAUCGAGGCCGACCUGCGGCGGAGCCCGUCGCGGACGCUCUCCUCCCUCCUCUUCCCGAGGAGCCCCCGGUCGCUGGCCGCCAUCUCGCGCCUCUCCAGGACCCUCUCGCGGCGGCUCGUCUUCUGGAGGCGACACCCCGGCGACGACGGCAGCGAGCGGGACUCCCUCGGCCUCCCGUCGCCCGUCGUCAGCAGCUGCUGCGCGUCCGAGUACGCCGAGUCGGACGCCGAGGCGCCUGGCCCGCCGCCCGUCGACGCGGCGGAGGAGAAGCCCGCCUCGAAGCCGUCGCCGUCGCCGUCGCCGUCGUCCAGCUCGGUCAGCGUCCACGCGGACGACGGCCCCGCCGCCGCCGGUGCCAAGCACAAGGAGCAGCUAACACAUGGCGGCGAUGCCGUCGGGUCGACGGAGGAGGAGAAGCAGCAGCUGAGCCCCGUCUCCGUCAUGGACUUCCCCUUCCUCCACCACCACCACGACGACGACGGCGACGAAACGAGCGACCCCGGCACCUGCUCGCCUGCUACCCCCUUCCAGCACUGCCUCCCCGAUGAUCCCCAACGUACGCUACGGUCGAACAAGGCGCAGGCGCAGGAGCUGCUGCUGCUGCACAAGAUCCGACGGCUCGACGGCCUGGCGCAUGCGGUGGGCCCCGUGGAUCUCGAGGCGCAGUUCGGCACCGAAUCUGAUCGCCAGUCUGCGGAAUCUGACGACACGCACACCCAGACGAGCAACUCCAGCAGCACCAGCGCCGACCACGGCGUGGCGGCGACGUGGUCACCACGGUGCUGGAGCGGCGCCGAUCGUGAAGCAGAGCGCGGACCUGACGUGCCCCGGCGCCUCCUCGCGCGACUCCUCAAAGACGACGACGACGACGGCACGGCAGUUACUUCGGGUGCCACGGAACGGCUGCUCCUUGACUUCUUCGAGGAGGGACUCGACCGGCGCCGUGCGUCGGAGGCAGGGCCGGUGAUCGGCGCGUCGAGGCCGUCGGACCACGAGUCGGCGCUGGUGCGUGCGGCACGGGAUUGGGUGCAGGGCGCCAGGACGCGGUGGGGCGCGGAGGACGUGUUGUACGCCGGGGAGGCGGCGCUGGCGGACAUGGACCGGGGUCGGCGGUGGGUGCGCGCCGGCGAGGAGGAGCGGGAGGUCUGCGCGGCGUUGGAGGGGUUGAUGAUGGACGCGCUGGUGGCCGAGCUGGUGUGCGACUUGGCACUGGCAGCACGGCGUCGACGUACGGUGUAAAAUAUGUGCUCCUCGUGCGUGUUCCCGUGUGCCGCUGGCUUGGUCAGGUAGGAAGGGUAGACGGUCUGCACCACGUCGUGUGCACGUUAACUGGAGUGUUAAAACAUGACGUGGUUCCACAUGGUUGGGUGGUGCGAGCAAAUUGAUACUACUCCAUAUCGAGUA